UGAUAUGUGAUUACAGUCUGCGGCCUGAUGGUAUGUUUCACGAUAGUUCAGAGGUCAAAUUUGAGGGCAAGUCCCCGCCGCCGCCCCCUGCUGGCGAGGAUCAGGAAGAAGCGAAAAAAGAUCGCACCCCAGCUACGCCUUUAACUCUAGAUGAAGUUCGAUCGUGGUGGGAAGUAGCUUCUAUCGUCCACUUUUCCUCUGUAUUUCGACCUGCUUUUGAGCUGCCCGAAUUUGAAUUUGAUGAGUUCGAGGAUGAAUUGAUGCGUGACAAACCAGGAGAGGAGAACUUAUUUCUGUCUUACUUGACUAUCGACCUUCUGAAAGGCUGCCUCGGACUUCAAGAAAUUACGUUUAUGAAUUUCAACGAUCACCUGAAAAACUUCAUUGCCUACCAAACAAGCUCAGAUGACAAUUUGUCGAGUUACUUUGACGAAGGACGUUGCUUCAGCGAUCUUUCCGCAUACGAUAAAGUGUGUCUAAUAAAUCGCAUUUGUGAUUACCGCCUCACCACGUUGGAUGCUGCAGAGAAAACUGCUGAUGUUGACGCGGAGUCACUGAGGAUCGAACCGUUGGGCACUGACUCUAAAGGAACCACUUUUUGGUACUUUUACGGAAGCAGACUGUACGCGGAAGCAGCCCCAAUAGAGAAACCCCCUCAUCUGGCCCUGAAACCCCCGUCUACGCCAGUGAAGAAGUCGAAGAAGAAAAAGAAUAAGAAGAAAGAAGAAGUUAAGGAAGAGGCAGAGAUAGACGAUGCUUUUACUGAUUGGAGUGUUCCGUGCAACAACGAAGUGUUCGGUGAGUGGCGUCUGGUAGCCAGUUCUCUCUCCGAGUGGGAGUCGUUAGCCGAGACUUACAGAGACUCGAAGAGAAGCAGAGACCAGGAACUGUUCAGCGUCAUCAACGAGAACUUCCUUCCCAUUCUGCCUAGUGUAAUUGAGGCGGAGGAGAAGAGUCGUGUGCGCCGAGUGCAUGAAAUGGAGAGCACGAGACAGAGCAGGCGACUGGAGGAAAAGAGGAAGGAAAAGGAGCUUCAAAAAAUGGAAGAAGAGGAAGCGAGACGUGCGGAAGAGCAGGAGAAGCGCGAGGCACUGAAAGUGUUGGCGAGAGAGGAGGAACAGCGAAAGGCUGAAUUGGCCAAUCAGGAGAGACUGCAGCGAGAGGAGGCCAAGGCUGUGCUAAGAGACGAACGGCAGAAGCGAGUGGCCAUGCGAGAGGAAAGAAUCGCUCUCAUUCGAGAGGGGAAGCCACUCCCCCCUUACCUCAUGGGCACUUCCUGUGACUCACCGGCUACCAGUCCAGCACACAGCAGCUUCGAAGACAGUUUGCCUAACGGGGCUCAAUCAGAAGGGAAAAAUGGCCGCGUGGAUGAGGCAUUGAACUCCAGUUUCUCAUCUGGGGCUUCGAAGUGGAGGGGGAGAAAAAGAGGCAAUCAGUGUGAAUUGAGUGGAAGUAGUGCAGACGAAGAUUCGCUAGAUGAAGACGAAGUCACGACUGGAAUCUUGAAAGUGUUGUCUGAGAUUGAAUCUCAUCAGGACUCUCACGUGUUCUUGGAUCCUGUGACAGACGAAAUCGCACCUGGUUAUUCUUCCGUCAUAAAGAACCCAAUCUGCCUACAAGACAUGUACAAGAAGCUUCGCUACAGCAACUACCAUUCUAUCAAUGCAUUUGUUCAAGACGGCCUGCGGAUGUUCGAAAACUGCUGGCAGUACAAUGGAAGGAACUCCGAAUUCGGAAAAAUUGCCAUCAACGUUAGCAAAGUUUUCGCCAAUGGUUGCAGGAAACAUUUGGGAGUCGAAUGUUUCUUCAGUCAUGGCAAAAGACGCAUGAAAGGUAAGGGGAAGAAAGGUAAAGAUGUAUCCGACAUAAAUCCGGAUUUGGUGCGAUUAGUCGAAGAGGUCUCUAAACCGAAAAAGCCGAAGACAGCGUCAAUAGAUACGAAGCAAGAAGAAGAAGGCGUGAAAAGCGAAGUAGAGUCGCAGAGGAUCCCGACUUAUUCCAGUGGGUAUGAGUCUGGAAGUAAGAACAGCGACAAAGAUCAAAGCGCAAGGGCAAUUAAAAGGUACAUUUGGAAUCAGAAAUUCGAACUACGCAACCAGCCAUUAACUCCCGAUAGGCGGAAACAGAAUUUGUCUUCUAAAUUGGCGGUGAACAGAAAUAUCUCGUCAUCACCGUCUGCGGCUUCGGAGGAAGUAAAAAUGGCUCUGAAUGGGACUCCGGGUUACCGAUCGGGUUCAAUUGGUAGACUUCCAAACUACAAGAGGGAAGUUCGACUACCCUCUAUGUAUCUGAACAAGCAAAGCAGUUUUAGAGGAUACCCGCCAAAAGCGCAAUCAACUCCAAGCCGUUACGGAGAAUCUCGACCACCGGAAACAGUCAUAAUAGAAGAUACUGACAACGAUGCAAAGAAUCAGGAGGUCAAUAGAAGAACAAGUCGAGAAAAUAACAAAACGAUAGAUCAUCAGCCUGAUUUGAAGCAUUUAGGAAAUAACUCAUCUGUGAUAAAUCAGCCUGAAAAACAGCAGAGUGGAGAUAGUUUCGCUAGUAAUAAAACAGUAGUUGUGCAAUACUCGAACUUGAAAGCGGAUGAUAACUUCGGUAAUGCUUCUUACAAUAGAUACAAUGAUAGUAAACAGUUUGCUAGGAAUUCGACAGGAUUGCAGCUGGGUUUUAAUGGUUCGCCUAGUCAUCAAAAUUUUACUUCCUCGCAGCAUAUUAUCGCCAAGCAAAGCAAAGGCGAAGAACUGACCGUCAGACUUCAGCAACAUACACAGGAAACUGUGAAUAAUUUUCUAAGAGUGACUAACAAUGCGGCAAAUAAUUCUGUAAAGUUAAAUCCAGCUCGCGUGGACUUACCAACAGGGCAAAAAAGUCCAUCGUUUGCGCCUAAAGAGUUACAAUUUAACGUCAUUACGAAUCCUGGAAUAUCAAUCAAAAGACCUGUUCCAGUAUCGUUUAGUAAUUCUAACAAUGGUAACCAAAGUCAGAUGUCAGGAUCUAAUCUAAAUGCUUCGCAGUUUGGACCAACUUAUGUUGCCAGAGAGGAAACGGUUGUUGACCAAUCAAAUUUAAGGGCACAAUUGGCCAAUCAGAACAGAUCUCAGACAGUUUACGUCAGUCAAGACGGUAAAGUCAAUGCAACCCAUCCAGUUAUAAGUGCAAUACCGGUUAAGUUCAUAACCAAUCCACCGACUGGCGGUCAUAAUGGAACUUUCGCUCUGAUUAAAAACCCUUCUGGAAAUGGGCAGAUCAAAACAUUUCAGCCAUUGCCUGCAAAUAAACAGCCUGUAAGUGUGCAGAACUUCAUAAAUGCAAAUACUAGUCCGGGAGCCCGGGGUUCGAAUCCAGUCAGUUUUCAGUUUUCGCCGUUUAGUGGAAAGUCAAAUUUCAAUGAAGAAAUAUCGAACGUGAACGUAAAUAACCAGAACUCACCAGUUAAUAAGGUGCAAACGAACAUUGGGAUCAAUACAAACGAGCUGCAACCUAAACCUCUUUUGAAGUUUACUCUUCCUCAAAACGCCGCAGCAUUAGCUGGUAAGAAGUUAGCCUUUGCACCAAUCAAUCCAACGAACAAUCCUUCGGCUGCAAGUAACAUUUCAGUGGGUACUGUAAAACAGAUGAAUAUCAUUAACCCGACUUAUUACAAUAUCACACUGAACCCGACUCUAUCCAAUGCAAUUCCAAGUAGCAAUACCUCUGUAGUUUCUUCUCAAUCAUUAAUCUCUUAUGAACCAAAUCAUUCUCAACCGGCCCGUAAUACCAAUACUCGAAUUCAGCAUGUUUCAAGUCAGAAUUUGGGGUUCACUGGAGCCCCUUCGAAACAAUCUGUGAUGUCGCAAAUUAGUCCUGGUCAUAAAAAUCAGUUCGCAAACACAAUUCUUGAAAGCACGAACGCGCAAAAUGCCGCUCAACGAGAUCCCUUGCUAAAUAGUACUCAUAGUGAGGUUCAUUUCACAACCACGGUUCCUCGAAAUGCGACGACGCAAAAUUCUCUUCAACAAGGGCCACUGAAGUUUAAUGGUCAGAUAAUGACGGCAACGCAAAAUUCAGUACAGAGCUCAAAUACUCCAAUGACCAUUCGAACUCCGAGCGGAGCUCAAUUAAUAUUCAAUCCUCUGACUAAAAAGGCUCAACAGGCUGUGAAUAAUACAGCUCCAAGGCUACCGUUGUCAUCACCGCAGGCAACAAUGCAAGCGACAUCUUGUCAGAAAGUUUCAGAUGCAACGAGGCCAGUUGCAACGAUGCAAACAAGAGUGUUGACUCACCAAAUUUCGUCAACAAGCCAGGAAACGGCGAAGAAUUCCAAAGCAAUUUCAACCAAUCAACACCUUCCUCUCUCGGGAAAGCCGACAACGGCAAAAUUGAUCACAAUUCCACUUGAUUAUAAUUUUGCAAAUCAAACCCAAAAGUAGAUGAAUUGCUUAAUGCGUUUCUCAUUCAGUGUUUUUUUUUGCAAUUUGACAGAUUGGUUCUUCGUUUAAAAAGAUAGUAAUUUAAAUUUCAUGUCACAAAUUUAUAAACAUUCUUUGUAAGAAAAAUCCGUUUAUACUUUAGUUCGGCUUGGGAAAGUACCUAUGCAAUAAGCCUGUCGCGGGGCAUUUCAAAGUCAAAUUUUACUAACCAUACCUAUUAUAGCA